GGAAGAACCACGCUGAGCUCUUUUGUGAAGAAUAUUUACUGUUGAUGGAGGCACUCAUGCAUUCCCAGGGAAGCUGCAAACUGCUGCUGCACGCGCUUUUUGCAGCAAAUGUAUUCUCGCCUGAGCUGUCAGGUGCAACUGCCACUAAAACAAAAGCACAAGUCACCAACAACUCAGGCGUGACCCCGGCCGGCCAGUGUGGAACCUGGGUGAAGGACCCCGACGGAGGGCGUUUUACGUCCCCCAACUACCCGCAGAAGUACCCGCCUGAGCGUGAGUGUGUGUACAUCAUAGAGGCCUCUCCCCGCCAGUGCAUCAACUUGUUCUUCGACAACAAGUAUUCCAUCGAGCCGUCCUGGGACUGCAAGUUCGACCACAUCGAGGUGCGCGACGGCCCCUUCGGCUUCUCCCCCAUCAUCGGACGCUACUGCGGCCAGGAGAGCCCCUCCUACGUGCGCUCCAGCGGGAGGUACCUCUACAUCAAGUUUGUGGCCGACGGCGAGCUGGAGGCCAUCGGCUUCUCCGCCCGAUACAACUUCACUCAAGAUCCUGAGUUCAAAGGCGUUGGAGACCUGCCGGCAUUGCCAUUCUGUGAGUUUGACCUGAGUGGUCCUGAAGGUUACGUGGAGUCCACUCAGAUCAUCAGGGAGAAGCGAGCCCUGCAGACCGAGGCUGUGGACUGCAGGUGGCAGAUCCGUGCCCCCCCAAGAGCUAAGAUCUACAUGCGCUUCCUGGAGUACGAGAUGCACAACUCCAACGAGUGCAAGCGUAACUUUGUGGCCAUUUACGACGGCAGCAGUUCUGUGGAGCACCUGAAGAACAAGUUCUGCUCCACCGUGGCCAACGACGUGAUGCUCACCUCCUCUGUGGGCGUGGUGCGGCUGUGGGCGGACGAAGGAAGCAGGAAAAGCAAAUUCAAGAUCCUCUUCACGACCUUCCUUGAUCCUCCAUGUGAAGGAGAUACUUUCUUCUGCCACAGCAACAUGUGCAUCAACCACACCCUGGUGUGCAACGGCAUCCAGAACUGUGUGUACCCCUGGGACGAGAACCACUGCAAAGAGAAGAGGAAGCCCAGCAUCCUGGACUCUCUGGACCACACCAACCUCACCAUCAUCGGGGUGACGUGCAGCCUGGUGGUGGUCCUGCUGGUCAUCUCUGUCAUCAUCCAAGUCAAGCAGCCUCGCAAGAAGUACAUCAUCCGCAGAGACGACUUUGACCCCGCCCUCCUCCACCCGGGGUUCGAGCCCCCCCACUACGAGCUCUGCACGUUGCGACACGUCCCGUCGGGCGACCUGACCGACGCCGCCAUGGCAGAGGAGUUUGAGAAGUCCCACAAGCUGCGCCGCUCCUCCUCCAAGUGCAUCCGCGACCACCACUGCGGCUCCCAGCAGGGCAGCAGCAGCUUGCACGGCAGCCGCAGCAGCCUCGGCCUGAGAGAGGCCGCCGUGGUCGACCCCGAGGGGGCCGCCGCGCACCUCCCUCAGCUGGCCCCGGGGAUGGCCAGCCAGCAGUCGCCGCGGCUCCCUCGCCACGCCAUCUCGGCCGCUCACAGGAACAUCCUGGUGAUGAAGCACAGCUACUCCCAGGAUGGCGGCGAGGGCUACAGAGACGAGGAUGACGAUCUGAUGAUGGAUGACGCUCCGACGACCAGCCGCCACCACAACUACCAUCAUCACGGCAUGGAGCACACCGUCCAUCGUACUCUGUCCAACGACUUCUGAUGUGGCACUACCU